UAGAGACUAACAGUUACAUAUUAUUCAAAAUAUCUCCCUAACUUAUAAUUAAAGUCAAUUAAUUCAUUCAAUUCAUAGCAGCUACUUUCACAUCUUCAUCUUCUCAAAUUUUUCAUUACAGAAAAAUAAAAUAAAAUGGGAAUGAGAGAUUUUCGUAUCAAAAUCAAGGCUUUGAGAGUGAAACUUUCAUGUUUAGGAAAAAGAAGCACGAGAAGAAAUCAUGAAGUUGCAGGCAAACCUUCGUGGAUGACGCCGAUAUCGCACGGUCAUCAUGCGGUGAAGCAUGAUUUGUUUGAAGGUGAUGAUUCUGAUGAUUAUGAAUUUGAUUCAGUUGUGGUACAGAGAGAGCAAAUUGGAGAUGCGGAAUUGUGGUAUUUCGGAAUUUUUGAUCCUGUGAUUGGAGAUUGUGUUACCAAGUAUUUGAAGUUUAACUUUUUUGACAAGAAGCUCAAAGAGACUCAUUUGGCAAGAAAAGCCAAAGAAACACUCAAGAGAGCAUACCUAGGUGCAAAAGCAAAGAUCAGAGAAACACAAAAAUCAGAGGAAAGUUGCUUGAUAGGUUCAACAUCAGUGAUGAUAAUAAAUGGAGAAAAACUUGUACUAGCCAACAUAGGAGAUUACAGAACUGUUUUGUGUAAAGAUGGUGUAGCUCAUCAGACACAUGGAAGAUACAAUCAUCCAUCAGCCAAGAAACAUUGGUAUCACAGACUCUUUUCAGGUGGUAAUGCAACUGCUACAAAGUAUUCUAAAGCUUCGGAACUAGUCGUUGGAGGUUACUACCGGAUCGACUCGUCUACCGAGUUUGUGAUCUUAGCAAGCAAUGGAAUAUGGGAGGUGAUGAAGAACCAAGAGGCGGUGAAUCUUAUCAGGCACAUCGAGGAUCCACAAGAAGCAGCUGAGUGUCUGGCUAAGGAAGCAUUGGUUAGGAGGAGCAAAGGAAACAUUUCAUGUUUAAUCAUUAGAUUUGAUUGAUUCUUCACCAUAUAUUGUAUAUGCUAAUACUUAGCUGAAUAGUUGAGUACCAGAACAGAUAGCAAGAACUUUACUGAUACAUCUUUGAAAAUUUUGUUCCGAGUUUUUAUAGCAGUUGUAGUCAGAAAACAUACUGAUACAACUUCGAAAAUUUUGUUCCAAGUCUAGUAGAUUCAAGGGAAUAUAUUUGUGGCAUAUUAAUUUUAUUGGAAAUUUUUAUAUGUAAUUUGAUUAUCUUUCUGUGAA